AUGAAUGGUAACAAUACCAGUGGUGAAGAGAACGCAUCACUGCUGAUGCAGGUGCUUUCUGAAGACGGAAGUGGGCAUCCCAAUGAGACUGAAAGCACAGAGACUCAUGCUAAACGGAAAAGUCUGGUCUCAAAGUCACCAUCUGCAAAUGCCAAAUUCAAAGGCUCAGGAAUUUGGUUUACAAUGGUUCAAGCUUGCAUCGCUAUAACUGUCAUAUCGGCUAUAGUCAGAUGGUUUCGGAAAGGAUCACAUGUCGAUUGUAAUGGAAUCCUUCAGGAUUCCGGUCGCUGGAUCUACUCGCCGACUAGUAACAGGAAGGGUCUGAGCUACCAAUUAUUACAAUGUACCCUGCACGAAUACAAUGCUGCUCAAACGUGGCAGUGUCUCGGCGACCCCAUCAGCACAAUUCGCACUAGAAUCCAUGGAGACUCAUCUGCUCGUAAUAUUUACUAUGGUCUGUUGGACAUCUUCUCAAAGGAUCCACUGCCGUCCAAUGUCACGACUUUUAAAGCUCAUCAACCUAUCUUGACCACCUUCCCACGGAAUAUCGAACACCACUUCAUAUAUGAUCCAUUCCUGAACGGCACCGAAAUAGAGCAGGACUUGUCGGAAAAGCCUCACGUCCCUAUCUCAAUGCUGGCCAUAAGUUUUGGGCCUUGGUAUAUGAGAUAUGGCGGACCAAAAGGUGAUCAGGAUUUUAUAGAACGAGUCGGAGCAUUGUUGGGACAAUUAGCCACUCUUAGAGAUCCAGCUGCUCCUGUGUCGUAUUUGCUGCCACUACCACCCGUGGUAGAGGCACUCUUGAGUGAAGAACGAAAAGCUACUCUAAAGAACCCACGUAUUGCAGAUUUAAAUAUAGAAAUGGCACAUCUGGCUGCAACCGCUCACUAUUUAGACGGUGCCUCAGAUACCAGUGCUGCUAUUUAUGUAAGGGCUUUUGAAGAUUUAUAUCGUCAGGCUGCUGAGGCGUCAACGGACGGUCUACAUUAUGAUUUAGCAGUUAGUAGAAUGGCCGUACAGCUCCUUUUAAACCACCGGUGUAAUGCCGAAAUAUUAAAAUCUAUGGAACCUCAUGCAGCUCCCAGUGCAACAUGCUGCAGGCAGUAUCAACCACCGCGUGUCGGUCAAGUAUUGAUGAUGAGCUUCCUCGUUGCUGUAAUAUUAUGGGUAUCCGCCAUCCGAUAUCUAGACGUAUUUAGUAAAUGGCGUCCGAAAAAUACUGAUAUCUUGGUCGGGAUGGAAGGGAUUGCCAUCGCACUAGUUUACAUGUAUCUAGCAGAUCGAACGUGGAUAUUUGGCAAGGCUGGAAAACACUUUGACGUCGGUGUAUUUGGUUUAAUCCUCUUGGUGCCGCUCGUCCUCGGAAUGAUGACACUGGAAACCUUGCCGAAAGACGAGCUACUAAAUCGCCAUCAAACCGAUGAGUGGAAGGGUUGGAUGCAAAUCGCCAUCCUUGUAUAUCACUUUUUAGGUGGCUCGCAAGUAAUGUGGUUGUACAUUCUCAUAAGGAUUUUAGUGGCUUCUUAUAUCUUCAUGACGGGAUUUGGUCAUGCCCAAUUCUUUGACGCAAAGCAGGAUUUCAGCGCUUCGCGAGCCAUCAAGGUACUUGUGAGGUUGAAUAUACUACCAGUGCUCUUGUCAUUGACCAUGGGCUCGCCCUAUGUUGGAUAUUACUUUUCGCCUCUAGUCUCUGUAUGGUUUGCAGUGAUAUGGAUUGUCUUCUGGAUUGGACAUACGUACAGCACGUCGCUGACGUUUGUCCUGUUCAAAAUCAUAUCAGCUUCAGUCAUCACAAAAGCCUUGAUAUCAUUCCCACCGAUAACCGAAGUACUAUUCAAUGCGCUCAAGGGAGUUGGACUGGGUCAAGGAUGGGAUGCUAAUGAAUGGCGGUUUAGAUUAGAGCUGGACUCUUAUAUAUGCUUUAUUGGUGUCGCCAUGGGCUUUCUAUUAAGCCGUUUCCGUAAAAUGCCCGUCAAACCGUCAUGGAUACUAGGUGCUGUGGUAGGGUCUGUAAUAGGAAUCGUGUUGUUGGUAUAUAUGAUUUAUAUGGAAGAGACACAACUUGACAAUGGUGUAUCAUUAGCCAAAGUCAAGGUGCAUUAUAAUACUCUUCAUAUUGGUAUUUCGGCCAUACCUGUAGUGUCAUAUGCCAUUCUUCGGAAUUCAACGGCCAAGCUACGGAAGACGUAUUCUGGAUUCUUUGCCUGGUUUGGUCGGAUAUCUCUAGAGACGUUUAUAAUGCAAUUCCAUAUAUUAUUAGCAGCAGAUACUAAGGCUACGCUGGUCGUGUUGCCCGGUGUUGGGGUGGUUUGGUGGCUGAAUCUCGUAGUGGUGACAGUCGUGUUUUUGUAUGCCAGUGAACGUGUCGCGCAUGGAUCUACAAUAAUUGGUGAUUGGAUUUUGAGUGAUGGAAACUGGAGAUUCUGUCUUCCUGUAGUCGCACUUGUGGUAUUCGCCUAUGCCGUGUUAUAA